AUGGGAUGUAUAAAAUCAAAAAGGAAAGAGAAUCUGCAUGGAGAUGGGCUAGAUUUGAAGAAUCAACCAGUACGUAAAACUGAACGAACUAUUUAUGUGAGGGAUCCAACGUCCAAUAAACAGCAAAGGCCAGAAAUUACAGAAACACAGCUUUUACCAGGACAGAGAUUCAUCCCUGAAGAAAGAGAGGAGCAUGGAGUCAUUGUAGUAGCUUUGUAUCCUUAUGAUAGCGUUCACGAAGAUGACUUGUCCUUCAAAAAAGGAGAAAAAUUGAAAGUCAUUGAGGAACAAGGAGAAUGGUGGAGAGCAAAAUCUCUCACAACAAGGAAAGAAGGCUACAUUCCCAGCAACUAUGUAGCAAAAAUAGACACCUUGGAAACCGAAGAGUGGUUCUUCAAAGGCAUAACCCGAAAAGAUGCUGAAAGACAACUCCUGGCUCCUGGGAAUGGUCCUGGAGCAUUCCUCAUCAGAGAAAGCGAAACAUUGAAAGGCAGCUACUCUCUGUCCCUGAGAGACUACGACCCGCAGAUUGGUGAUGUUAUUAAGCACUACAAAAUCAGGAGUCUAGACAAUGGAGGGUUUUAUAUCUCUCCAAGAAUAACUUUUCCCAACAUCAAUGAUAUGAUCAAACAUUAUCAAAAACAAGCAGAUGGCUUAUGCAGAAAGCUAGAAAAGGCUUGUAUUAGUCCUAAGCCUCAAAAGCCAUGGGAUAAAGAUGCAUGGGAAAUUCCACGGGAAUCAAUUAAAUUAGUGAAGAAACUUGGAGCUGGUCAGUUUGGAGAAGUCUGGAUGGGUUACUACGUUAAUAGCACCAAGGUGGCGGUGAAGACUCUGAAGCCUGGGACAAUGUCGGUGCAAGCCUUCCUGGAGGAAGCCAACCUCAUGAAAACGCUUCAGCACGACAAGCUCGUUAGGCUCUAUGCUGUGGUGACUAAAGAAGAGCCUAUUUAUAUUAUCACAGAAUUCAUGGCCAAAGGGAGUUUGCUGGAUUUUCUGAAGAGUGAUGAAGGAAGUAAAUUGAUGCUUCCAAAGCUGAUAGACUUCUCAGCUCAGAUUGCGGAAGGGAUGGCCUACAUCGAGAGAAAGAAUUACAUCCACCGGGAUCUGAGAGCAGCGAACGUCCUCGUCUCAGAUUUGCUCAUGUGCAAAAUAGCCGAUUUUGGGCUAGCCAGAGUCAUCGAAGACAACGAAUACACAGCAAGGGAAGGGGCAAAAUUUCCCAUUAAGUGGACAGCACCAGAGGCAAUUAACUAUGGAUCCUUCACUAUCAAAUCUGAUGUGUGGUCCUUCGGGAUUCUCCUGUAUGAAAUCGUUACAUAUGGAAAGAUUCCCUAUCCAGGGAUGAGCAAUUCCGACGUGAUGGUGGCGCUUCAGCGCGGGUACCGAAUGCCCCGUAUGGAGACGUGCCCGGCCGAGCUGUACGACAUCAUGAAGACCUGCUGGAAGGACAAGGCGGAGGAGAGGCCGACCUUCGACUACCUGCAGAGCGUCCUCGACGACUUCUACACGGCCACGGAGGGGCAGUACCAGCAGCAGCCGUAGAGCAACGGGCGCUCGAGGCGCCGCUCGCCCGGCCCCGUGGCGCAGAGCGAGCCCUGCGCAGCUCCCUGGCCCUGCUCGGGGCAGCUCGGGCGCCCAGACCCCGUGCGGAAGCUGCAACGCUCAACGAAAGAGUAACUCUGCAGAGAAAUAAUCCCCGAUCCCUUUGGUGCCUCUAAAGGCUGAAGUUCUCCUUAAAUGCCCUGCAUUUUGGACAUGUGGAAAUAUCCCAACCCCAGGAUUGUUUUGGGGUGGGCUGGGAGGAGGAGGGUAGAGGUUGACAAAGUAUCUUCAGCUCCAACUGAAGGAAUACGUUCCAAGGAGACCUCUAUGAAAGGAUGAGGAGAUGCACGAACAGCUACUUUCAAAAGAAAACAUUGCGGAAAUUAUUUUUCUAUCCUUGCUAUUUCACGUUAGUACAUGGAUGCAGCCACCUCUGCCGGGACUUUCCAGAAGGUGAAACCCCCACCCGGCCGCUCUGGAGCC